UCAUCCUCCUCCUUCGACGGCGGCGCCUUCCUCCUCCGGCUAAUCCAGAAGCCCCCCCAAAACCCUAACCCUUCUUCCCCUCUCCCUCCUCCUCCUCACCUCCCCCAGUCCCACCCCUUCGACCCCGCCGUCGCCGCCCUCGGACCCUCUCUCCCCCUCCCCACUCCGCCGGAGUGGCCAUCCUCGCCGCCGUUCUCGCUGCCCCACGGCCUGUGGGCCUCUGCGCCGCCGGGGUUCGCACCCUUAGGCCUCGACCCUAGGGCCCCGAAUCACCGGCCCUUCCCUUUGGAUCGCCAAAUUCCCGAGCUUCCUCUUCGCGGGCUCGGGACCAGCCCUCUCGGCCCUCCAAGGAGCGAACUUUAUGCAAAUACAGCGGGGAGGAAUCAGCCGGUGCCGUCUAUUAGAGAUCUCGGAUCUCGGGUUGUCGAAGAGAGGAGACAUUUGAAGCCUCCCCCCGGAUUUGGGAAGGUGUUGGUGCGGCAGGAAGUGAAAGCUGAGCCCGAAAAGCCUCGGGCUUUUGUGGUUUCUGCCAAGGAGAUGCAAGUAGGAAGCAUGAAGAUGGGGCGCGCUGAAGGUGUUCAAAGAAAUGACAUUCAUUUAUCUCAGCCUCACCGAGAAGAGAAAUUUGUCCAUAAGGAGUUCUCCCAACUUCCUAAAGAUCUAUUUGGUACUAGUGGCCGGCAUUCGGGAGAGGAGAAGGACGAUGAAGAGUAUGAGAAGGAUUUGGAUAAUGAAGUGGAUGGGAAGAACAUAACUAGGAUUCAGAAGUUUGAGAGUUCUUACCGGAGUAAUGUUAGUGUUCUUGUUGAGUCUAGUAAGGAUGAUUUGAGGGAAGAAGAUGGAUUAGGUGAUCAAAUAAUGGGUUCUUUAGGGCUUGGAGAUGAUGCGGAAGUGAAGAAUGCUGUGGCACGGAUAAGUAGUAAACGGGGUAAGGACUUUAGAACAGAUUUCUCUAGAGGACACCGUGUAUCAAGCCAGCGAAUGAGAAUUCAGAGAAGAGUUAUGCCAUGUCGCCGAGACAUAGAUGCAUUUGCACCUAGUUUCCUUGCCAUUUUUGAAUCCUUAGUGCCUGCUGAAGAGGAAAAAGCAAAGCAGAGGCAAUUGUUACUGUCUCUCAGCAAAUUGAUCAAUAAAGAAUGGCCGAAUGCUCAGCUCUACCUUUAUGGAUCGUGUGCUAAUUCAUUCGGUGUCUCAAAUAGCGAUAUUGAUGUGUGUCUUUCUAUCGAUGAUACCGAGAUAAGUAAGGCUGAUAUUCUGCUGAAACUGGCUGAUAUUCUACAGUCUGGGAACCUUCAAAAUGUGCAGGCAUUAACUCGCGCUAGGGUUCCCAUAGUGAAGCUGAUGGAUCCUGUUACGGGUAUCUCCUGUGAUAUAUGCAUCAAUAAUCUCUUGGCAGUUGUUAACACAAAACUUCUCGGAGAUUAUGCAAAGAUUGACGCAAGAUUAAGACAGCUGGCUUUUAUUGUAAAGCAUUGGGCCAGAUCUCGACGUGUGAAUGAAACAUAUCAAGGGACGCUUUCUAGUUAUGCCUACGUAAUAAUGUGCAUUCACUUCUUGCAACUGCGAAGGCCUGCAAUUCUCCCUUGUUUACAGGCAAUGGAGGCAACUUAUGUUGUGACAGUAAAUAGUACAAAGUACGCCUACUUUGACCAAGUUGAAAAGUUGAACGGUUUUGGUGGCCGAAACAAGGAAAGCAUCUCAAGGCUCCUUUGGGCGUUCUUUCAAUAUUGGGCGUAUCAUCAUGAUUAUACAAAUGAUGUCAUAUCUGUUCGCAUGGGAAGCAUCAUAAGUAAACAAGCGAAGGAUUGGACGAGGCGGAUUGGAAAUGACCGUCAUCUAAUAUGCAUAGAGGAUCCGUUGGAGAUCACCCAUGAUCUCGGCCGCGUCGUAGACAAAUUCAGCAUCAAAAUUCUUAGGGAGGAAUUUGAACGGGCUGCAAAUAUACUGCAAUAUGAUCCAAAGCCUACUGUUACUCUUUUUGAGCCUUACGUGCCGCCUCAGCGACACCUCCAGGAUAAAGACACGUUGAGCAUAAUCGAGAAUUGAACUAUAUGCCACAAACGCCUAUCGUCUUAUAAUUUUUUCCGUGAAGGAAAUAUUUACUAUGCUCCUUUGUGUAUAGCUGUAACUAUAGUGGCGUAUUUUGACACUACUGUAAAGAAAAUUGCUCGUUUAUUGGGUAUCCAAGCCACUUCUAUUUAGUAGUUAGUAAGUUCUGUGUUCAACAAAAAUUAUGUUAUGGAUUUGCUUGGGGUUGUAUAUUUUGCAACCACUGGUUAGUUAUGUAAUGAAAUUAUUGGCCAUCGAACAAGAAUGGAAGUGAUUUGAGAUGUAAUGGAAGUGAUUUGAGAUGUUAAUAGUUUGGAUUGAAA